CAGAUCCAGCGGGUGUGAGCUGUGUUCACUACCAUUACUUCUUCCUUUGUUCUCAAUGAUGUCUGGGACGGUGGCUCUGCAGGUCCCCAGAGGCCUUUGGACGGCAGCUGUGAUGGUGACGCUGGUGUUGGGCAGCCCGGGGGCUGAGGGCAGAGACUCUCCACAGGACUUCCUGAUCCAGCAUACGGGCCUGUGUUACUUCACCAACGGCACGGAGCGGGUGCGGUACGUGACCAGAUACAUCUAUAACCGGGAGGAGUUCGCGCGCUUCGACAGCGACGUGGGCGAGUACCGGGCGGUGAGCGAGCUGGGCCGGCCGGACGCCGAGUACUGGAACAGCCAGAAGGACAUCCUGGAGCAGACACGGGCCGAGCUGGACACGGUGUGCAGACACAACUACGGGGUUGGUGAGAGCUUCACGGUGCAGCGGCGAGUGGAACCUACAGUGACCAUCUCCCCAUCCAAGACAGAGGCUCUAAACCACCACAACCUGCUGGUCUGCUCGGUGGCAGAUUUCUAUCCAGGCCAGAUCAAAGUUCGGUGGUUCCGGAAUGACCAGGAGGAGACAGCUGGCGUUGUGUCCACCCCUCUUAUUAGAAAUGGGGACUGGACCUUCCAGAUGCUUGUGAUGCUGGAAAUGACUCCCCGGCAAGGAGAUGUCUACACCUGCCAUGUGGAGCACCCCAGCCUCCAGAGCCCCAUCAUGGUGGAGUGGCGGGCACAGUCUGGAUCUGCCCAGAGCAAGAUGCUGAGUGGUGUUGGGGGCUUUGUGCUGGGGCUGAUCUUCCUCGGGCUGGGCCUCGUCAUCCGUCACAGGAGCCAGAAGGGGCUCGUGCACUGACUCCUGAGGAUGCUUUGACGGGGAUUGGUUUUUGCUCUUCUGUAAUAGCUGCCUGUUCUUGCCCAGAAUUCCCAGUUGCCUGUCAACCUGUUCCUCUGAGAUCAGGUUCCUCCAUUAACUCUGACACAGUCACCAGGUUACCCCUUGCCCUGCCCCAAGGAUUUGACUCUGAUGCUGCUUCCUGCACUGACCCCGGAGCCUCUGCCCGUGUACUGCCAACAGCGUCUACUGAGCGCCUACUCAGACCCCAAGGGAUUUUUCUGUUUGCAUUCUCCCUCCGCAGACUGCUCAAGAGAAGCAUGUUGAAACCAUUACCUGGCUAUAGGGUAUAUCAUAAUUAAACAUGAAUAUGAGUUAUCUAUA